CGAGCGUGGCACUUGUCUUGCAGUCAGUCUUACUAGUGGAACCGAGCUGGGCUAGCGAAACCCAGUAACGUUGUCCGGUACACACAGAAGGAGGGAAGCUUUUUGAUUCAACGUCAGAUAACAUUUGAUCCAAAUCGCCAAAGGCCCAAUCGGAAAAGCUUGUUUUCUUAAUCAGAUCGGCUUGUUUCUCCACCACCAUCUUUCUCCCUCUCCCUCGCAGUUGCAGAAAAUUGCUCCGCAGCCUUGUAAGCAAUUGGUGCACUGUGAGCGACCAUCAUAAAUCUGGAGGAUUUUCAGCGUCCGCGGGUUUGCUUCUGAAUUUGCUUAGGCAGGCUCUUUUAAGGAGUUGAGUACGCAGGUUGGAUAAAUUGAUAAAAUGGCACAAAAAUGCGUCUUAUUUUUAUUGUGGCUUUCGGGCAGAUCACUCGCGGGAUUUCCCAAUCAGAUUAAUAUAGGUGGUCUGUUCAUGCGGUCCACUGUGCAGGAGCACAGUGCGUUUAGGUUCGCUGUUCAGCUCUACAACACCAACCAGAACACUACGGAGAAACCCUUCCAUCUCAACUACAACGUAGACAACCUCGAGUCGUCCAACAGCUUCUCAGUCACCCAUGCAUUCUGCUCUCAGUUCUCCCGAGGGGUCUAUGCCAUCUUCGGCUUCUACGAUAAAAAGUCUAUGAACACCCUGACGUCAUUCUGUGGUGCGCUGCAUACCUCCUUCGUCACGCCCAGUUACCCCACCGACAACGAGGUGCAGUUUGUCAUCCAGAUGAGACCUGCACUGCGUGGGGCCGUCCUCAGCCUGCUGUCACACUACAAGUGGCAAAAGUUUGUCUACCUCUACGACACUGACAGAGGUUUCUCUAUCCUUCAGGCCAUCAUGGAGUCAGCGGUGACCAACAAUUGGCAGGUGACGGCUCGGUCUGUGGGGAGCAUCACGGACGCAGCAGAGUUGAAACGGAUCAUCGAGGAGAUGGACAGGAGGCAGGAGAAACGCUACAUCAUCGACUGUGAGGUGGACAGGAUCAACACUAUCCUAGGACAGGUGGUCUCUCUGGGGAAGAACGCCCGUGGAUACCACUACAUCCUGUCUAACCUGGGUUUCUCCAAUGUGAGCUUGGACAAGGUCUUCCAAGGCGGGGCCAACAUAUCAGGCUUCCAGAUAGUGAGCCCUGAGAACUCCAUCGUUCAGCAGUUCCUACAGCGCUGGGAAAGACUGGAUGAAAGGGAAUUCCCAGAGGCCAAGAACACUCCGCUCAAGUACACGUCAGCUCUGACCCACGACGCCAUCCUGGUGAUCGCAGAGGCCUUCCGGUACCUGCGGCGCCAACGGGUAGACGUGUCACGCCGAGGAGGCGCAGGAGACUGUCUGGCCAACCCUGCCGUACCAUGGAGCCAGGGCAUCGACAUUGAGAGAGCUCUCAAAAUGGUCCAGGUUCAGGGGAUGACGGGGAACAUCCAGUUUGACAGCUAUGGCCGGAGGUCCAACUACACUAUAGACGUCUAUGAGAUGAGAACAGGGGGGCCCAAAAAGAUUGGCUACUGGAACGAGUACCAGCGAUUAGUAAAUGUGUUAGAACAACAGGUGGUCGCCAACGAGUCUUCUUCUGUGGAAAACCGAACGAUUGUGGUCACUACUAUUAUGGAAGCCCCUUAUGUGAUGUACAAGAAACACCAGAUGAAUCUGGAGGGGAAUGACAGAUAUGAAGGCUACUGUGUCGAUUUAGCUGCCGAAAUUGCAAAACAUGUGGGGAUAAGAUACAAACUGUCAGUAGUAGCAGACGGGAAGUACGGUGCGCGGGAUCCAGACACCAAGACGUGGAACGGGAUGGUGGGGGAACUGGUAUAUGGGAGAGCAGAUAUAGCUGUGGCACCUCUCACCAUAACCCUGGUUCGUGAGGAAGUGAUCGACUUCUCCAAGCCCUUCAUGUCUCUGGGCAUCUCCAUUAUGAUCAAGAAGCCCCAGAAGUCUAAACCAGGUGUCUUCUCCUUCCUGGACCCGCUGGCCUAUGAGAUAUGGAUGUGUAUCGUGUUCGCCUACAUCGGUGUGAGUGUGGUCCUGUUCCUGGUCAGCCGCUUCAGCCCCUAUGAGUGGAACCUGGAUGAACAGGAUGAGACCAAAGACCCCCAGACACCUCCAGAUCCUCCCAACGACUUUGGCAUCUUCAACUCUCUGUGGUUCUCUCUGGGAGCCUUCAUGCAGCAAGGAUGUGAGAUAUCACCCAGGUCCCUAUCAGGGAGAAUAGUAGGGGGCGUGUGGUGGUUUUUCACUCUCAUCAUCAUCUCGUCCUACACGGCCAACUUGGCUGCUUUCCUCACCGUGGAGAGGAUGGUGUCCCCCAUAGAGAGUGCUGAGGACCUGGCUAAACAGACUGAGAUCGCCUACGGAACUCUGGAUGCUGGUUCCACCAAGGAGUUCUUCAGGCGAUCCAAAAUAGCAGUCUAUGAGAAAAUGUGGUCAUACAUGAAAUCGGCCGAACCGUCAGUGUUUGUCAAGACCACGCCAGACGGGGUGGCCCGGGUACGAAAGUCCAAGGGCAAGUUUGCUUUCCUCCUGGAGUCCACCAUGAACGAGUACAUAGAGCAGAGGAAACCCUGUGACACCAUGAAAGUGGGCGGAAACCUCGACUCUAAAGGAUACGGUGUGGCCACGCCCAAAGGCUCAGCAUUAAGAAAUGCUGUUAACCUGGCAGUGUUAAAACUGAAUGAGCAGGGCCUGUUGGACAAAUUGAAAAACAAAUGGUGGUACGACAAGGGAGAGUGCGGCAGCGGAGGAGGUGACUCCAAGGACAAGACAAGUGCUCUCAGCCUGAGCAAUGUGGCUGGAGUCUUCUAUAUUCUGGUUGGAGGGCUGGGGCUGGCCAUGAUGGUGGCACUGAUUGAGUUCUGUUACAAAUCGCGUGCAGAAACCAAACGGCUCAAACUAGCAAAAAAUGCUGAGAAAUUUAAGCCAGUUCCACCGACCAACCCCCAGAACUUUGCCACUUACAGAGAAGGCUACAACGUGUAUGGGACAGAGAGCGUGAAGAUCUAAGGGUAUCGGGCGCUUCAGCUAGACCAGGUACACGAUCCCUUACGAACGACUGUGACUAUUGACCCUAUGAUGAAACAACAUGAUCAAGUCAGGAUGGGGGUUUCCUCAACUGCAGCUAAAUCCUCUCCUGGCGGAAAAUGGCGACGAUAAUCUGCAAUGGCGACACGACAGGACUGGUGACGUGAAGAACUCAAGCGGUUUCCUCCAGUGCCUUACGUAUGGAACAGUCACAGACUCGCAGGGUUACUUAGAACAAUGCAUUUCAUCACAGCGGUAUUGCGUUUGGCUUGAACUCACAAACACACAAACAAACAAACAGAAAGACAGGAUCGAUACUGUAAUCUGUUUUAAGGAACUUCAUUUGAGAUGCUAAAGACAAAAGAGAGAUACCUAAAGCCAUCACUUGCACCCCGAGCACAUUUCCAAGUGCCGGACAGAAGAUGAAUACGAUAUGACAGAUGAUAAAUUGUUUUUUCUGCAAAGGGAAUUUGAUCAGAUUAUCCUAAUUCUUCUUGCAGGCUGUGUUUUUACUGGUUAAAUGUGUUUUAAAAUAUGUUUAUUAUAGACACGGAUUAUUAGAAGAUAGCUUGUUAUUUUCCUGUGACCUUGGAAUUGUUUUGAAAGACACAUUUGAAUCUUAUUGGAAUCAAUUGGUUAAAUAUGCCAUAGCCAAAAUAAUAUUGUAUUGUUGUUGUCCUCAACUAUGGUGCUUUUGAAGUGUCAGAGACAGACUCCGAGAGAAGGCGUUGGUAGCUAGUAAACUGCGCAUCGCAAAUGGAACCCUAUCACCUAUAUAGUGCAUUACUUCUGUGCAGAGCCCCCACUCAAAAGUGCACUAUAUAUUGACUAGGGGGCCACUCUGGACACACACACACAGGGACUCAAGAAAGAGAUGAAUGUGAGAUGCAGCAUUUGGCUUUACACAACUUAAAGCCAUCUCACAAUACCAAUAUACUGCCAUCAGAUUCAGAUGUGUUUUUUUAAAGAACGCAGAGGACUGUCUGAGCACGUUUCAUAGUUCAGAAACUCUCCCAGUGUGUUUUAUGGUGUGUAUAAUAUGAAGAGAAAACUCACUCACACAGUGUCGCUCCAAAAUAGCCUGUUUUUUUAGUCUUCAUUUUGAAAGAACACCUGCUUAUAGCUGGAUUUUCAUGUAACCUAAAAUCAUUCAAAUCUUCUGUACAAUAGAUUAAAACUGAACCAAAAGGGACAUCGGAAAAGUAGAUGAACUGCAAUCCAAACAGUAUUGGCUUCUCAACAGUAGUAUUAUGGAUGACCUUGGUAUUUUGCUAAACAAUUACACAUUUUACAAUAAGCUGCGCGGUUUGAUGAUAUGCUUUCAGUUUUCAUUUCAUUUUAUGAGCAUUGUAGUGUUUGGUGAAUUUACUUAGUAAAUGAAAAAGCUGAAUAAUAUAAAUACAAGGAGAAAAUGGAUUUAUACGACGUACUUACAAGGGGAUGUCUUAAAAGAUUAGCACAUUUCCUUUUCAAAAGACUGUGAUUCCAUAGUAUUUAGGAAGAAAACUAAUCACCUAAAACCGUGAAAAGAUAGAUUUACACACACACACACACACACACAAAAAAAAUAUUUAAAAAAAGGGAAGGCAGGAAUAAGGAAAUAAACAAUUCUAAAGAAAGAGAGGUGUACAUUGCUUGAAAGUAGAUGUAUUUAUUAAGGACUGAUGGGUUUCCUUAUUUUUGUAAGAAAUUGCAUGUAAACUCCCUAACGACAUAUCACAGCUCCUCUAACUUACAUCCGAUUCUACGGUGGAAAUACAGCCACGGGUCAUCGUUAGCGAGACCGUUUCUUUGGUUUUGUAAGUUCACUUAACACGGAGAAAAUGGUCAAACAUCUUAGUGACUACUACAAAAAGAGUCAGAAUCUGCAUGUGUGUGUAUCGUUUACUGAUCUUCGUUAGUGAGGAGCUGUACAGAGAAUUUUAAUACAUUUAGUAAAUAAACCUGUAUAGAAAAUGACGUGUUUGUGUGCUAGUAAUCUCAUGAACUUGUUAAACCGCAUGGUGAAGUUUAUUCAAAUAAACGCACACACAAACACACAGCAAUGAUAUUGUCAUCACUCCAAGAAUGUGUACGCUCCACAUCUGUCCUCUCAUCUGAACGGAAAUGGCCUGUUUUGUAACACACUGUACAAGCCACAUGUCAACUAUAUAAU